CUCGGCUUUUAGCACCACCCUCAAUAUCAUUCAAUUUCGCGACUAUUUAUUUUCAUCAUCUGUCAGGAUGCUUAGCAAUAAGUAUAAUCCACUGCGGGUCCGUGGUCUGGUGGUAUGAAAAUUGACUCUCAACCCAGACUUGAGUCCAAUAUGUCACUACUGUCUGGAGCAAAAUCUGGACCGAGUUUUCAAGUGUAUAAAACAUUAGUGAAGUUUGUUAGAAGCUGUCGAAAUGAAGCGUAUGAUCGAUACCCACUGUUGUUUUACGAACAGUUCCAAACUUCAAAGGACAGACAUUUCAGCUACAUGCUGCAGAAAUUGCGACCCAGAAGAAGAACAUCCCAGAUGCCCAAAUAUAUGAGACCAGAAGAUUGGUAUGCGCUGAGAAACCUGGAUCCAAAUGCCAGCAGCUUGCUUUACAAGUCAAUCAAACAAGAGGAAGAGAUUCUUGAAAGAAUUAAACUCGGACACAUCCAAAAUGACGAAGAGUUUGUAAAAGCUAUCGAGAGUGAGACUUCAUUACAAAAUCCAUUUUAUCUGGAUUUUGAGGAUAACACUUCACGUCAACUGUCAGCGAAUGUUUGGAAUGACAGAUUAGCGAAUUGUUUUGGAAAAAAUGUCGUAGUGAAUUGUCAAGGGAUUAACUCAUUUCGUGAACAUAUAUCAGUUAAUAGCAUUUGCCGAAAUGCUUUUAACAACUAUUCAACAAACAUUUAUACUGAUAUGAACAGAAGUCAUAAAUGUCCUUUGAAUUUGCACUUUGUAUGUCAGAAAAAUAUUAACAUUGGACAAUCGGAAAAGGACUUUCCUUCAUCAAAUUUUCAUCAUGUACAUCAGGAAAGAGAAAUUUUUCCACGGGAAAAGUUGGUCUUCAUUUCGAACUCUUCACCCAAUGUGUAUGAAAAUAACACGGACGAUAUUCCUGUGAUAUUCAACUUCGGUUUAGAAAUUCGGCAAGAUCUUGUGUUAGAAUACGCCAUGAGAAAUAACAUUAGGCAUGCCACAUUGCCGAUAUCAAAGUUUGUAAUGUUGACAAAUAAUCCUAACAGAGAUGAGAUAGUCGUAACACCAGUUCAACAGUUGGAGAUUCUACGGGACGUCGAAGCUGGUAUUGACUGGGAAACGGCUAUUUUCAACAACCUACUGUACCCUUCACAAAGACUUGUUAGAACUUCAAAAGCGUACCAAGCCAUUCGCAAGAAUCGACAUGCCGAUUAUUAUUUACCGAUUCAUGAUUUGGUGAUGGAUACUUUAUUGAAGGCGAAGAAAAAGAAAUGUUAAGGAACAAAUAUUUACAAUAAAGCAUGUGUGGCAAUUGCAAAACACAUGAGCCGAUUAUUUGGUUGCAGAAAUACUUGUGUGUUAUUAUACCUAUAGAACAAUUUAAAAAACAAAACAAUUGACUGGAUUGUACAUUGCAUUGUCUUGAAUAUAGAUAUGCUGUUUAUAAUAAACAGACAAACAGUGUUGGAACGUAUAAACUUCUUGUUAUGACAUAAACUACCUGUUAUGACAUUAAAUCCCAGCUUCAUAAAGUGAUGUAGGGACUACAUAGGAAUUGUGUGCAUGAUCAUGUUCGUUCGUCCGUCCAUCUGUUUCUUUUUGUCCGUUCCAUAUCUUUCUCAUUCAAGGUCAGAUUUUCAAUUAAUUUGGCAUGGUGAUCACCGUAGCAAUAGGAUGUGUUGUGCACAAGACCGGUGUUCCUUCUUUAAGGUCAAGGUCACAGCAAUGUUCUGAACUUAGUGUGUAUUACGGUCCGUCCAGUUUUCAUCCACUCCAUAUCUUUCUAGGCUUCCAAGGUCAGAGUUUUAAAUGAUUUGGCAGAAGUUACCACCAUAGCAUGAAGAUGUGUCGCUCACUUGAUUUUCCCUUCUUCAAGGUCAAGGUCACAGCAAUGUUCUGAACUUAGUGUGUCCGUCGGUCUGUCCUGUUUUCAUCCACUCCAUAUCUUUCUUAGUCAUGGUUGGAUUUCAAAAUAUGUUGCAGAAGUAACAGUACGGCAGAAACACGAGGACGAAUCAUGCACAAGACUUGUUUCCGUACU